AUGGACAACCACGACAUUUCGGGCUCGGUCGUAGGAUUGCCCAUGGAAUCCUCACCCUUCCAACAUAUUCUUUACACCAACGCUGUCCCUAGCGAUCAACAAUACAACGAGAUUCGUGUCUUUCUUGCUCCACACCGUGCCAAACAUGCCAAACUAGAGGAAGAAGUUGCUCUCCUCCGAAAAAUGCUCGAAUCCGCUCUCCAAGCACGCAGCAAGCUUGAAAGCUUCAUUGCUCCCCACGCAGCACUCCUGUCGCCCAUGCGUAGAAUGCCCGACGAUCUACUUCGCCUCAUCUUUCUUCACACUCUCCCCGAGGAACGAAACGCCGCAGUCCAUGGCAGCGAAGGCCCAUUGCUCAUUGCGAAUAUCUGCAGCCAUUGGCGAGGCCUUGCCAUGACCACCCCACGUCUUUGGUCGAAAAUGCAUCUCGUUGUUCCCACCCUAACGCCCGGUUCCCCCCAGGAUGCUGUUAUACAGACACCUGUGGUCGCCCAAUUGACGCAGUGGCUUAAACGAGGAGGUGCUGUCCCCAUAGACAUCAGCACCCAUGCCUACCAGAUGCUGUCUGAAGACUAUCAAUCACUAGCAGAAGCUCGGGCUGCCUCCUUAAUGCGGUCUUCGCACCGUCCAGUGGUAUCCCCAUACCUAUCUACGCUGCUCUCAGUCACCAGUCGUUGGCGUAACAUGAAACUUCUAGCGUUCGCUCCCUUGGAAGUGGACGCCCUUCUUCAAUUGAAGGCCAACGACGUGCCCCAGCUUGAGAAAUUCGAGAUUAUUACGAAUAGCCCAAUACCCAACAAAUUCGAAAUAUUGUCGACACCAAGCCUCCGCGCACUCAACAUCCGCAGUACAAUUGCCACCCUUCCUAGUACCAUUGGCUGGGAAGCUCUUGUUGAGCUCGACCUAUACAUCCUACCAGCUGCCGAUGUUGGCACCGAUCCUUUCCCGUUCCCAUUCCUGGCCCGAUGCACGUCCCUCCAACGUCUAGAGUUAUCUCUAGGCAGUCAUAUCAUCGACCAGUCUGACACUCAGGGCGGUCAUGGACCAGCACUUCCAAAGUUAACAGCACUCAUACUCAAAACCACCUAUGCACACAACAUAGAGACGACACCCAGAAUCUUCCUAGCCAUUCGUCGGCUCCAGCUACCAAAUCUUCGUACCUUGGAUCUCUGCUCUAAUAUUGGGAUGGAUUUCGAAACAACCUUCGGUCUCCUGAAGGCGGUAGGACAUAGUAUACAGUCGCUGGCACUGUCGAUGAGACGGCUCUCAUCGGGUCAAGUCACUUCCUGUCUCCAACUGGUGCCGCUUGUAGAACGAUUGCGUUUAGUCAGCGAUCCCAGUGACAAAAUCGAUGUCCUCACCUCACUCAAUCCACACCCAACUUCAAAUCCCGAAUCAGAAGCAGUAAACCCAAUCUGCCCUGCGCUCAGCCAUCUUGAAUUCAAUUUUACAUCUGUCGUACCCGACGACGCGAUUGUGCACUUCCUAAACGCUCGAGCGUCUGCUCUGCCCCCCCUACGUUGCCCAGCUACACUCAUUCAGCGCGUGCUUUCUCCGGGACAGGCAACUCGAUGUUCACAAUGCUGUAGCCGAUGCCGUUUCUUGUGGAUUGAAGCUUUUCAUCGCAUAUGCGCCACAACGAGAGUCCCUGAGUAG